UCAUCCUGAUCCACAAGAAUUGAUAUGUGCAGGUAUGAUUUUUAUCCCAUUGAACGACCGCGGAGUGGAGAAUGGCGAGUGAUGAAAACGACGGCAACAAUUUGGCCUGGCUCGAAGGGCACUUAACCUGUGCCAAUCCUCACGCCAAGGCGCUCCUGGAAGCGUCGAAAGCUUCUAAAGACGGGAGUGUUCCCGCUCAGCAAGUAUCUAUGCUUUUCAUGCAUACCAGUCAAUCGUACAUUUCUCUGCAGUACUACACGUUUUCAAAGCCCAGCACUGGCAAGGCCGUACCAACCUGGAACUACGCCGCUGCGCAAGUGACGGGGCAGCUAUUCGUCGACGAAUCACCAACAUUUGUACCCAAACAGGUGAACGAUUUGACAGACGACCACGAGGGGCGCUUGCACCAGCAGCAAUGACCGCGAGUGUUUCAAAGCAUUUGGCAGGUCGAAGACGCACCAGCCGCCUACAUCAGUCAAAUGGGGAAGGCCAUCAUUGGGGUGCGCAUAAAAGUAGAAGGGCUUGAGGAGAUAUUUAAGAUGAGUCAGGAGUCACCUUUGAAGGAUCGAGGGGGCGUCGGGGCAGGGCUAAGAGCUGCGGGUGUCGACAACGUCGCUCCGAUAGUUGAGUGACGCAGCAACGACCUCGAAGAGGCAAAGCUGCACAUACAGCCACUUGACUCUGGACCGAUAUGCGACACCCGAAGUCUCUCCUGCCUCUCAGAAAGUGGCGUGACGUAACGUAAUUACUGCCUAUGUGUGAAGCCCUGUGUUGUUAAUGAAUAGGAGUGCAUGCGUGGCACAGCACAGACGAUAUCAAUCAGGUUUCAGGCGAGCUGGGAAUUGCCGAAUAAGCUCAUCAAGAUGUAGAACUUCUUGCACAUGAUUGUCUACGAUUGCUUUAUCAUCG